AUGACCGUCAUCAAGGUCGCCGAGUCCCUCGGACGGAUGUUUUAUAUGGUAUCACCCAAGGCAACGACGUUUGCUGAGGAAAAGGAUAUCCCCCCCUAUGUGUCCGAUGCUACUCCUUGGUUCGUCUUCUUUGUCUUUGCAGAAUUGAUCUACUAUAUUUUCAAGGACAAGGGCAAAGGAUUGAAACGUCAUGAUGGCAAAUGGGAACAAGGCAAAUACCGGAUGAACGACAUGAUUGGAUCACUAGGAGCUGGAUCAAUUCAACAAAUGUCUCGCUUCUUCUUGGGUUCUCUCCAGAUGGUUACCUAUAAUUACAUCUGGGAUCACUAUCGUCUUGAGUCCAUUGCCUUUGAUACUUUCAAACUCUCAACCUGGAUUGGAUGUUUCCUUGCAGUUGACUGCGCUUACUAUUGGUUCCAUCGUGCAGCACAUGAAGUCAACAUCUUUUGGGCUGGUCAUUCUGUUCAUCACAGCAGUGAAUACUAUAAUGUUACAACAGCACUGCGACAGUCCUUGGUUCAAACCUAUGCAUCGUUUCUCUUCAACCUUCCUCUUGCCCUCGUCUUUUCACCUGCACAAUUCGCUGUUCACUCACAACUCAAUUUGCUUUACCAGUUCUGGAUCCACACAGAAAUCGUUCCCCGUCUCGGCUGGCUCGAGUACAUCAUCAAUACCCCUAGUGCCCAUCGUCUUCACCACGGUCGUAACCCUUAUUGCAUCGAUAAGAACUAUGGUGGAACACUCAUUAUCUGGGACCGAAUGUUUGGUACCUAUGCCGACGAACGACUCUAUCCAGAUGUGGUUGCCCGUCCAGAAGAUGCAGAACCUGUUGCUUAUGGUCUAACCCAUCCUAUCAACACCUUCGAUCCUGUGGCGAUUCAAUUGGGUCAUUUCAAACAUAUCUGGAACAUGCUCUUGAUCACCCCCGGAAUCGCCAACAAGUUCAAAGUCGUCUUUUAUGGUCCCGGCUGGCACCUGGCCCCUCCUUCCGAACCCAGUAUCCCUCGAACGGGUCUCUUGUCCGAGAUCCCAGAUAUUGAUUUGAAGAACCCUCCCAAGAAGUACGAUCCUGAGUUGCCCUCCAAAUUCAAUUAUUAUAUCGCAUUCCAUUUCACGAUCGUCAUGAUCGUGGGAAGUGCACUGUUAGCAGAGGGUUACAAGGUCUUGCCAUUAUGGCAAACUCAAGCGAUCUGUAUUGGAUUCUUGGUCUCGUUAGUUGCAUUGUCCAAGAUUAUGGAUGUGAAGCCCUAUGGAUUGAAAGCAGAGUUGGUCAGGACCCUUGGAUUCUUCUUGUUGGCAGAGUUUGUGGCGAGAUCAGGAUAUUAUCAACAGACCUAUUGGGAGAGACGCUGUACCUUGUUGGUCGCCGAUACAUUCUUUGUCAGCAGUUUGUUCUUGGGUUGGAAUAUUUAUAAGCUUGGAUCUAACUGGAUGAAGGUUGUGCCUACUUCUAAUGCUGCUGCUGCCAUUGCUGCCAAGAAGGCUUUGAGGCAGAAGCUCAAGUCUAAUUAA